AUGUGGAAGGUACGCUUUUGGUUUCUGUUUUUUCUGUCAGUGCUUAAUGUACGAUUAUCGGUUAAUAGCAAUACUCAAACAACACCCUAUCGAAAACAAACAACAACAAUUCCAGACACAGAAUAUGAGCAAGUCAUCACUCAACGUUAUCUUUUUGCUUCAUUUGCCAACGAAUCUACUGCUUGGCCUGGGCUCAACAAUAUCAACUAUGUAUGGCAAGCUAUUUCGUUACCACAAUAUCAUUCUCAAGCUACCGAAGGAGUUUGGCUUCUAUGUGAAGUUAUUAAUGAAAAUGAUGAACCGACUUCAUCAUCUAGUCAAUUUCAAAUGUCCUGGUUGUCGCUAUCUGCUAAUGGCACUCUAGUAGUUUUACCCGAGAUUAAUGUGAAGAAUAAUAACAGUUUAUUGAUUUCAUCCCAUAAUGAAAUGGCUGCUUCGUCCUAUUCAGCUGCUCUUAUCACACCAGAGAAUGUACAAUUGAUAUUAUGUAAUCAAUCAGACGCUACUUCCUGUAGAAUUGUACACAUAAUCUCGUUUCCUUCUUUUCUUUUCCAUACCACUAAAAUCAACGAUGGUUUAUUUGUAGAAGACCUUGGACUUGCCGGAUGGUUAUAUAUUGCUAGCGAUUCAGGUUUACAUGGAUUGGAUCUUUUGACAUUGACGAUUAAUCCUUACCUUCAUGAGAUAAAUGUAUCGGUCGCAUCUUUAGCUUGGAGUUCACAACGACAGACAAUAUUUGCCGGUACUGAAACUAAACUUUGGAUUCAACAAUAUGGUGAUGGUAAUGAAGAAUGGCGUUUUGAACAUAUUAAUGCAUUUAUAGACGCACCGAUUACUUCAUUAGUAUAUAAUGAUGUACAAGAUAAAUUAUGGAUCGGACAAGAUACAGGAAUAACUCUACUUUCAUCGAUUGUCCUGUCAAUGGGACGUCUUCAUUGGUAUUUCUCUAGGUUAGCAGGGCAGAUUUCCAAUCCUGGAUCCGAUAUAGGGCACUUACCAUUUGCAAAUAUAACUACAUUGGGUGUUAGUCAUUCGAAAUCAUCUGAGAGUCGGGUAUGGAUGGGAGGCGUUCGUGGAGUGAUACGUUUCAAUUCUAACACAAGCGAUUUGAAUGCGUGA